GUGAGCUCACGAUGGCUGAAGUGGAGAAGAUGAGGGGUCGCGUUCCAUCCUGGAACGGCGAUCCCAAGACAUGGCGUGCCUACAGACGACGAGCUCUGAACUACCUCGAGACCACCAACUGGCAGGACCGAUACCUGUGCGGCCCAUGUCUUGAAGCUCAGCUCACCGGGCGAGCAACCGAGACGUUCGUGAUCAAGACGAGGCGUCGCAAGGGCGAGGCCGUGCUGCAGUGGACCGACAGCUUUGAGGUGGGCUACAAGUACCUACGCCAGGCCCUGGCACGGGCCCUUGAGAAGACGAAGGCGGGGAGGUCGGCCACAACAUGCCGCCAGCGCUGGCAGUGGAUCGAACCUGAAGAUGAAGACGGGGACUGGUCGUGGGCAUGGGAGGAUGAGAACUAUCCAGAGGAGCCCUUGGACACCAGUCAUGAGACGGCAGGACGCGAUGACCCGGGAUCGGACGACGAGUAUGAAGACCUGCCGGAGGUGUUCCCAGGCUUGGUGCGUGGAUGGCUAGUCUUCGCGCGUGCGGGUUUAGACUCCAGGGAGAGGGCUGCGAUCACGGCGUCGACGGGCGGUUUUCUCGAGUUUGAGGCCGUGCGGAUACGCCUGAUCACCAACAGGGAAGAUGAUGAUAUCCGCGACCAGGACAUGAACGCCAAGAAGGCAUUCGUGGCGCAGAACAUUGGCGACGAUGGGAAGACCUGGUGCGACGACUCGACGGACUACAUGUCGCUGAUGGGCCACGCCGAGCAGGAGGAUGAGUACGAGUACCUG